AUGCUGGACCUCUUCGCACCUAUUAAGUGCCUUCUGCGGGAAGAAUCCGUCUGUAUCGACAAUGUGGUUUUCAGGUUACAUUCGCGCGUCACCGUUCUCCUGCUGGUCGUUUGCACCAUCCUCGUGACUGCCAAGCAAUACAUCGGCGAGCCGAUUUCUUGUUUAACCGAUGGUUCCAUUGACAAGGAUCCCGUAAAUGCGUAUUGCUGGAUCUAUAGCACGUUCACGGUAUCCCGACAUCUGAACGGCAUUCCUGGACGUGGUGUCGCUAGUGCUGGCGUAGGACAGGCUCUUCCGAAUGAUGAAGCUCGUCAUCAUCGAUAUUAUCAGUGGGUCUGCUUCGUCCUCGGCUUGCAAGCAAUCCUUUUUUAUAUGCCGCGCGCGUUAUGGGGCAUCUGGGAAAGAGGCACCAUAGGCCUUCUCUCGCGAGACCUCGCGUCCCCAUUUCUACGAGACGUCUGGACCGCAGAAAGGAAGCAGCAGCUCGUGGAUUAUUUCACUAAAACGAAUCUGCACAGUCACAAUUUCUACGCAUUCCGUUUCUUCGUGUGCGAGCUGUUGAACCUUUUAAAUUCGAUGGGGCAGAUAUAUCUGUUGGACGUAUUCCUGGAGGGACAAUUCAGGCGAUACGGACCCUUAGUGAGCGCGUUCGCCUUAGAGGAGGACCCUUACGACCGGGUCGACCCGAUGGCGCGGCUAUUCCCGAAGAUGACCAAAUGCACGAUUCACACCUUUGGGCCGGCGGGUUCCGUGCAGACUCACGACGCCCUGUGCGUGUUGCCGUUGAAUGUGGUGAACGAGAAGAUCUUCGUCGUCCUAUGGUUCUGGCUGGUGUUCCUCGCGGGUGUCGGGUUCCUGGCGGUGAUAUAUAGGAUCAUAGUUUUCUCGCAAUUCUGGGCGAGAGUGUACCUGCUGCGAGGCGCGGCUCGCGUGCUCCGAAGAUCUAAGGCCGAGCGUGUCGUACGGGUGUUCCACUUCGGCGAUUGGUUCCUACUGCAGCAACUCGCGGAGAACGUCAAUCCGGUCGUGUACAGGGAGCUGGUUAACGAGAUAGCGAAAGCGUUCGCGACGAAGAGUUUCGCGAACUUCGCCUAG